UGGACCCAACCUUGGCGAGCACUCGAGGUAACCGUUUCUCUCGAGUCCGCAGUAACGCUUUUCAGCACCUAAACAAACCCCCUGCUUCUCACCCCUUUCCAGCCUCAAUAUCCAAGCAACUGGCCAAUCACUAUGCAUACCAAGCUUUAUCAGUCAGCGUGCUGCAUCACCGAGCGGUGCCGGAGUGUGCGAACUGGGGUUUGGUGGCUCGACUGGGAAUAGUCUAGAAUGCUGCCGGUAGGCACCAGGCGUAUAAGGUUCUUGUUCGCUAGGGCAUGUUCCUCUCCUCUUCCUUGCCGUCCCUCUUCGAGUCCUGUGACUAACUACGCUUCGCAACUACGGGCGGAAUCAUGCUGCGAGUUCCUUUUCUCGCCUGCUGGCUGGCACUCGGCCUUCAUACCGUGGUGGGAUCAAAGCAUAACGGCCUUGAUGGGAGUGUUUACGACUAUGUCAUCGUGGGCGGGGGUGUUUCGGGGUUGGUGGUUGCUAACCGGCUGACCGAGGACGACGAGAUCACCGUGCUGGUUAUUGAACGGGGCUAUUUUGACGACAAGCCCGAGGCGAUUGUGCCUUGGUACGCCCACGGUCUGGACACGAGCGUCAUGAUCCGCCCCGAAUCGGCUCCCAACCCCGAACUGGAUAACACCACAUCCCUCGUGGCUGUUGCCGCUGUGGUGGGUGGCGGCUCCGUCGUCAACGGCAUGGGGUAUUCCCGCGGGAGCAAGGCUGACUACGACGCCUGGGAGGAGCUGGGAAACCCGGGCUGGGGCUGGGAGGGCUUGCUGCCGUACUUCCGGAAGAGCACCACCUUCACACCGCCGUCACCGGAUGUCGUGAGCCGAUGGAACAUAACCUGGGAUCCGAGCGUGUACGGGGAUGGGCCGCUGCGCACCCACAUUUCUGAUUUUCAGUAUCCCGAUACGGCGGUCUUUUGGGACGCGCUCCGGGACCAGCCCGGGCUUGACGUACCCCCUGGAGCCAACGCCGGAUUUGGACCAGGUGCCUUUUGGUCUCCGUUGAGCAUCGAUGCGCGCACCAUGACACGCUCUACUGCACGGUCGGCGUACUAUGACCCAGUCAACGCUACCCGACGGAACUUGCACCUCAUCACCGGUCAGACCGCCACAGAGAUUCUGUUCCACCCCGGCAAGGCUUUGAAGGCCAAGGGCGUGCGCAUCGUUUCGCGAUCCGACAACACCACCCGCAGCGUCUACGCCAAAAAGGAAGUCAUCCUCGCAGCAGGCGCCAUCCAGACCCCCCAGCUCCUCCAGGCCAGCGGCAUCGGCCCCGCCUCCGUGCUCGCGGCGGCCGGAGUGAAAGUAAGAAAGGACCUGCCCUCCGUCGGCGCCAACCUCCAAGACCACCCGACCACCCUCCUCCUCUUCUCCCUCUCUAACCAAUCCUUCCCCAACCCCGACACCAUCACCACCAACGCCACCUACAACGCCACCGCCUGGGCCGAAUACCUCGCCCACCAAACCGGCCCCAUCUCCACCGCCAACGGCAACACCAUCGCCUACCACUCCCUCUCCACCCUCCACCGUCAAACCUCACCCUCCACCCCCUCCACCCUCGCAACAACCCUCCUCACCCAAAACGCCACCGCCCACCUCCCCCCCAUCUACCAGACCUCCCCCGCCCUCCUCCGCGGCUUCCUCGCCCAGCGCGCCCUCCUCGCCCGAAGCUUCACCUCCCCCACCUCGGCCAUCACCUGCCACCCGCUCCGCGGAAACGGUGUCGCGCCCCUGCCGCUGCUGAAACCCCUUUCUCGGGGGACUGUUACCUUGGAUCCUACAGCAGAGGGGGGUGGGGGUGGGGGUGGGGGUGGGUUGCUGCCGGUGGUGCAGUAUCAUACGCUGCAGAACCCGGUGGAUGCAGCGAAUGUGGUGGGGAUUGUGCGGCAUGCGAGGGCGUUUUGGGGCGGGGAGGGGUUGGGGGGGUUGGGGCCGGUGGAGACGGAUGAGGAGUUGUUGCGCAGGUUGAGGGCGGAUCGCGGGGUGUUUUGGCCGUCGCUGGCGCAUCCGUGCGGGACGUGCGCGAUGAUGCCGGAGCGGUUGGGCGGGUGUGUGGAUGCGGAGUUGAAGGUUUAUGGGGUGGGCGGGUUGAGGGUGGUGGAUGCGAGUGUGAUGCCGCUGAUUGUGGGGAGCGCGCUGCAGGCCACGGUGUAUGCCGUUGCCGAGAAGGCGGCGGAUCUUAUCCGCGGGCGGGAGGCUCUUGGGUCUUGAUGAAGGGGAGCGCACGGGAUGGUAGGGCUAGCAUGGGAAAGAUGAGGGAUUUGAAGUGCCGGUCGAGUCUUGGAGGCGACAUCGUGGGCGGGCGUUGGAUGAAGGGGGAGUCUCUCCCUGAGUUUGGAGCUGGCAAAAAGGCCCGCGUAGUUGAUAACUUGGGUGUUGAAUUUACUUGCCUAGUGCCGUAACGAGACGGGGGAAGCGCAAACCAGACCUAGAUAUCGUGCGGACAUGAAACCAUAGAGCAGGGACUCGACCCGUGGUUAACACUUGAAGAGGUUUGGCG